AUGUCUGCUCUGACGCCUCAAAGCGACAUGCCAACCCCCACCACAGACAAGAUCACUCAGGCUGCCAUGGAGACCAUCUAUCUUUGCAAAUUCCGAGUGUCGAUGGAUGGAGAAUGGCUCUGCCUGCGCGAGCUGGACGACAUCUCGCUGACGCCCGACCCAGAGCCUACCCACGAAGACUCUUGGGAGGAUUUGACAGAUGUGGUGGAGCAAUUGCGUGAUGAUACUGAAGAUCCUAAUUAUCUCAUGGCUAAUGAACGCAUGAACCUGAUGAACAUGGCGAAACUGAGUAUCAAGGGGUUGAUUGAGUCGGCGCUUAAUCUGGGCAGGACGCUGGACUCCGACUAUGCACCUCUUCAGCAGUUCUUCGUUGUGAUGGAACAUUGCCUUAAACACGGCUUGAAAGCCAAAAAGACUUUUCUUGGGCAAAAUAAGUCAUUUUGGGGACCUCUAGAACUAGUAGAAAAACUUGUUCCUGAGGCUGCAGAGAUUACAGCAAGUGUGAAGGAUCUCCCAGGACUGAAGACACCUGUGGGCAGAGGAAGAGCUUGGCUUCGCCUGGCUCUGAUGCAGAAGAAACUUUCAGAAUACAUGAAAGCCUUGAUUAACAGGAAGGAUCUUCUCAGCGAAUUUUAUGAGCCGAACGCGCUGAUGAUGGAAGAAGAAGGCGCGAUCAUUGCUGGCCUCCUAGUAGGUUUGAAUGUCAUCGAUGCAAACUUCUGCAUGAAAGGAGAAGACCUGGACUCACAGGUUGGAGUUAUUGACUUCUCAAUGUAUUUGAAAGAUGGGAACAGCACGAAAGGCAGUGAAGGAGAUGGUCAGAUAACUGCUAUUUUGGACCAGAAGAACUAUGUAGAAGAACUCAAUAGACAUUUAAGUGCUACAGUAAACAACCUACAGGCCAAGGUGGAUGCCUUGGAAAAAUCCAACACUAAACUGACCGAGGAGCUUGCGGUUGCAAACAACAGGAUUAUUACACUGCAGGAAGAGAUGGAACGGGUUAAAGAAGAAAGUUCUUACCUCUUAGAGUCCAAUCGUAAGGUUGGUGUCACUAAAGACAGAACUGCUGACGGACAUGCGCUGACUGAGGCACGAAAACAGUUAAAGGAAGAGACUCAGCUGCGGCUGGAUGUGGAGAAAGAGCUGGAGGCGCAGAUCGGGAUGCGACAGGAGAUGGAGCUAGCCAUGAAGAUGCUGGAGAAAGAUGUUUGCGAGAAGCAGGAUGCGCUGGUGGCACUCAGACAGCAACUGGAUGAUCUCAGGGCCCUCAAGCAUGAACUCUCUUUCAAGCUGCAGAGUUCGGACAUGGGAGUGAAACAGAAGAGUGAAUUAAACAGCCGUUUGGAAGAAAAAACAAAUCAGAUGGCUGCCACCAUCAAACAGCUUGAACAAAGUGAAAAGGAUUUGGUGAAACAGGCAAAAACCUUAAAUAGUGCAGCAAACAAACUGAUCCAGAAGCAUCAUUAGACAUUUUUAUGUCUGGUCACCUCACAGCUCUGACAUCAGAACUCAUUUCUGAGGGGAGAACUUGAGAAUUGCUAAAAGCAACUGUUAAAAUGUUAAUUGUCACCUAAAGUUGAUUUGGAAUUUGCUGAAUUUUUAAAAUCAGUGAGUUUUUCUUCAGACAUUUAGAGUCGGGUAUAAAAAUCCCUAACUUUGCCAUUUAAACUGUGUUAAAGUACCAAUGAGUUGGCCGAUAAACACACCAGAAAAGCGUAAGGAAUGGGAGAUAUGUGGCUCUGUACAUCCCGGUGGUGCAUACCGUAUACAGCAGCACAAGUCUUCAACAUUUAUGGAUACUAGGUGCGUUGGUCAAGCCGAUAUCAGAUUGGCCAGCUCUGGAAAGUCAACUAGUUUUCUGUGUUACCCUUUUUGUGAAGUAGACGAAAAAAAUGCAUCCCCGGAAGUUGUUGAAAGUAGUUGUGUGCGUACCCCAAGCCGUGACCCGUUCACUUCUGUUCUGUGGGUUCAGCCCCAAGUCCAAGACAAGCGGGCGCGACUCGCUAGCUCGUCACCGGGAAGACCAGCCCUCUUGUAACCGAGACUGCUUGCAACGAUUUUGCCUUAGUGACUUGGUGGGAGGGUGGGGACUUCUCCUUAUUCCUUUAAACUUCAUGUGUCCAGAAUUAGUAGCUAGGUGUCUUAGAGUAACAUGAUAGAGUGGUAAGUUCAGUGGAAACCUCCUUAUCUUUGCAUUGCCUUCUACCUCUGCCAUGAAUCCCUCUAGGCAUACGUUGCGGUUCUUCCUGACCGAAAGAAGCUGAGGAGAGGUGUUUUGGUAGGUCUCUCCUCUUCCUAGCAAGGGAAGUUACACGUUUUACAAAAAAAAAAUCUGAUCUUUGUACUUUAGUGUUUAAAAGAAACAAGAACAAAAAAAAAAAAACAACCAAGAAAGGAACAGAACGUGCAGUGGUGGGGAGUGGAAACGGUAAUUUGGUACUUGCCCAUUCCUUGUCUGAGUAGUUAGUGGUUUAAAAGGAAGAGUUGCCUUUUACUAUUACACUUCUUUCAUUUGCUUCUGAGUUUCCGUUGCUCAAUACAAAUGGAAUUUGCUAAUGAAAGAACAGCUAAAGCUGGGAAACAGCUCUCAAUAGGAAAAAUAAUUGCCAAUUUAACACCCCAGUGCAAAACUUUACCUAACUGUAGCUUGGACUAUUAUAAACUCCUAUCCUCUUCCCUGUGGCCGCAGAAGGUCACCGUGCUGGCCUCUCACAGGCUUUAGGUUAUAAGUGCCCGUAGAGAUUCCCCCCCCCGCUUCAAGAAGAUCACAUUUGGGGGUUUUCUGUGUUGAAUAAGGAGGGGGUUUGCCCUGGUGAGAAGCCUGUAAAAAUUCUUUGGUGCCGGUUCUCCCUUUGUCCUGUGGGAUAGUGCUCCCUGGGGCAGUGGGCGGCAAAUGCGACUGAAACGCAACUGGGGAAGGAACACCUAUUGAUUCUCACUAGGUAGGUUUAAAAAUCAGUGAGGCUCAGCCUAGUCCCCCCGUACGCAAGCGUGUACCACCGCUUAGCUUGUUUAAUGGACUCCCGCACACGAGCAGGCUUGGAGACCCCUUUCAGAUCUCCGACGCGAUGCCCAAGCCGCGUGCUUGAGAGCAGAAACUUAACCUUCGGUAACCUUUUACUAGAAACUCAUUUUAACUACCUGGAGAAAAAUAAAAUAAUAACGAAGAGGCGAAAGCUUUCAUCAAGGUACCCAAACAGCUAGUUAGACCAGUUAACUCCCCUGCCCCUCCCCAGAUUCCUUCUGUAGAAAUCGGGGGUCGGGCUGGUUUUGUUGGCUGUCACAGCAACGCUAAAAUAGGACAGAAUUAAGGAUCUGGCCAUUUCUGAUGUCAGGCCCGAAGUGGAAACGCUUUGGUGUACGAAUGCCUGGGCGCUGGAGCCAAUGUGUCAGUCCGUGGAAGAGACCAGGAAAAUGCACUAAUUCUCAAUAUAGUAGCUAACCUAUGUUGCAAGUUCCAGUUACAUGUGUAAAGCUGAAAUGUAACGUACAUUAAAAUCAAAUUUGACUUAAAAUUCUGUGUACUUGAGGUUUGCUUUGAAUCUGGAUAAAAGUGAUGUCUUAUGUUUUUCAUCUAAUGGCUGUAAACUGUAGUAAUAGAAUAAAAACUAUUGAAAAUCA